CCCUCUUGCCUUGCUCCGUGUCUCUCAGGGACUCUCAGCCUUGUCUCCAUCUGCGGCCUGCUUUGUCACCCUGACCAAUUUUUGCACUUGCCAAAAACAAGAAACCAUGGCCCAGCAACAGCAGAUUAGCUUACCUGCCAAACUAAUCAAUGGAGGGAUUGCAGGCAUGGCAGGAGUCACCUGUGUGUUUCCAAUAGACCUGGCCAAGACCCGCCUGCAGAACCAGCGCAGUGGGCAGCAAAUAUAUAAGAACAUGAUGGACUGCCUCAUUAAAACUGUUAGGUCUGAAGGGUACUUUGGCAUGUACAGAGGUGCUGCGGUUAAUCUUACCUUGGUAACACCAGAGAAGGCCAUAAAACUAGCUGCUAAUGACUUUUUUCGCCACCAGUUGAGCAAUGACAUUGGCAGGCUUACAGUUUUCAAAGAGAUGCUGGCAGGAUGUUGUGCAGGAAUGUGCCAAGUCAUCGUUACCACACCAAUGGAGAUGCUCAAGAUCCAGCUGCAAGAUGCAGGCAGGAUAGUGGCUCAGCAGAGGGUAAUGCCAAGUGUUGUAACUACACUGAAGAUGGGGGGGACCAGUGCUGUUCUCAGUCGUUCCUACAACACCGCCCCUACACCUCGGGUUAUUCGAAUGUCUGCCAUAGAGAUAACUAGGGAGCUGCUGAGGACUAAAGGGGUCGCAGGUUUAUACAGGGGCCUUGGGGCCACACUGAUGAGGGACAUCCCAUUCUCUGUUGUGUACUUUCCUCUUUUUGCCCAUCUGCAGCAACUUGGUCAGCAUUCAUCAGAAGAUCAAUCUGUGCCUUUCUAUUGGUCCUUUAUGUCUGGAUGUUUGGCUGGAUCUGUUGCUGCUGUAGCUGUCAGCCCUUGUGAUGUGGUGAAGACGAGGUUGCAAUCGCUCAAAAAAGGAUCCAAUGAGGAGACCUACAAUGGAGUUGUGGACUGCAUCAGAAAGAUCCUGAGAAAAGAGGGUCCAAGAGCUUUCCUUAAAGGAGCCAGUUGCCGGGCGUUGGUCAUUGCCCCACUCUUUGGCAUUGCCCAGGUGGUGUACUGUGUCGGAGUGGGAGAGUUUCUGCUGGGGUACACUCCCUACAAUAUCUACACUGCAUAAACAAUCUGUCACUGGAUGUUUACGGACACUUAUUAAACUGCCAGUGCUAAGCUCUGGGCGAUAGACCCAGCUCUCUACAGCUGUCUAGACUCUUUAUUCGUAGAGUUCUAGAGGUCAACGCUAAAAGGACCACAAAUAUUCUAUUCAACAUACCUUUAGCUUGAUUAACUAUUAUAGCGUGAGUCUUAAAAAGUCUAAGGUUGGUACUUCCUUGUCUAUGGGCUUCAGUGGAGCUUACUGCUUCCCUCACUGAGGGACUAUGUUGUUUGAUAAAAGAUUUUGCACAGACCUCUCCCCCCUGUUUUAGAUUUUAGCCUGACUCCUAAAUAUACCCCCACACCACUUGACCCUUACUGUAAGCCUAACCUGGAUAUUAUAUCAGCUGCAGUCUCUUGGGAAUCGCAGUUUGAUGUCUUGGAGCAGUGCUUCGAAAGACCACAGGCAUAAAACUGAAACAUGAUUACAUAUGCAGCUAAGUUCUGAUGCUUGAUACCGGUCUUUGUAUAUAUUGUAUAUUCGUUUUUAAAGAUGAGUAACAUUUUCAUACAAGUGCCACAGGAUAAUUCUGUGAUAGUGCCCUUUCAGUAACCUGACAAGGAGGGAUGAGGAAAACAGACUGCUUAAGGGUUCAAGGCGUGCAAAGACAUAAACAUUUGGGCUGUCUGUUCACCAGAUUACUUUUAAUGGCUCUAAGGGGCUUUCGAAUAGAACUUUGUCCAAAAUGUUUUCCUUUACUAAAUCACACGGGAAGAUUUUUUGUUGUCUUAAGUUCAAGAAGAGUCACAGCUUAGUACUUUCACUGUGCACUGAGGACCUCAGCCUGAAAAGUUAUGUUUAUUUCAUGUGCAGAUUGAAUGUUUUGUCAUUAAAUGUCAAAGAUGAGAGCAGUGA